UGGAGGAGUCUACGAUAGAUAUGUAGCAUAACCUUAGACAUGUAAACUGUUCAGAGUAACGUGUUUAUUGUUUGAUCAGCGUUGUUAUUGCGGCAAUGGUUGUAACACAGUGUAGUUGAACAGCUGAAAAGUGGACCGAGUAGUUAUCAUACCUUUUAGCAAGUAACCAGCAUAAUCUAGUUAUAUGGUGGAACGAUGUCGACAAUACAGUCUCACGUUGCUCUUAUUUUGGAUGACUUGUCCAAAAAGGCUGUUGCUGAAAUCAUGAGAUUGUUUGAUAACACGUUUGCUGCGUUUCUCGAAGAACUUUCUAAGAAACAGAAUGAGAUCGAUCACCUUAAAAAAAAGUUGUCACCGCAAGAUGAUGAUGUGGACACGGCGGGAAACAUCGUGCAUGAGAAGCCUUCCGUGUUGUCUUACGGGGAAUUUUCAGGCGAUCUCCAAACGUCGAAUGAAGAAACUGAUUUGAAGCCGAAAUCUACUUCUACUACAGUCACCCACUGGGACUUCCCUGAUGAACAACAAUAUGAUUUUGAAGGGAUCAAUGAUGACAGUCGAACAACAUCUCCACUGAUUGAGGAAGAGAUGGAUGACACAGCAAGCGAAUACUCGAGGGAUCCUGUUGAGUAUGGGAAUGGUGAAAUGGGUGUGCUGGAAUUUGAAUUGAAAGCAGCUGAGGUGGACAGAUUAACUGAAGAAGCAGAGUCGGGUAUGUUGCGCCAUAGUCCGACCUCUGACAUUCACCACAAUGCAAAUUUAUCAAUGCCUAUAAAGAACAAGGUUGGUAGACCAAGAAAGUCGGGUACGCGUCUGUUGCACCAUAGUCCAACCUCUGACAUUCACCACAAUGCAAAUUCAUCAAUGCCUAUAAAGAACAAGGGUGGUAGACCAAGAAAGUCGGGUACGCGUCUGUUGCACCAUAGUCCAACCUCUGACAUUCACCACAAUGCAAAUUUAUCAAUGCCUAUAAAGAACAAGGGUGGUAGACCAAGAAAGUCGGGUACGCGUCUGUUGCACCAUAGUCCAACCUCUGACAUUCACCACAAUGCAAAUUUAUCAAUGCCUAUAAAGAACAAGGGUGGUAGACCAAGAAAGUCGGGUACGCGUCUGUUGCACCAUAGUCCAACCUCUGACAUUCACCACAAUGCAAAUCCAUCAAUGCCUAGAAAGAACAAGGUUGGACGACCAAGAAAGUGGAUCAAGACAGCUGUUGCAGAGACCACAGAGACAACCACAGCAGAGACCACAGAAACAACCACAGCAGAGACCACAGAAACAACCAUAGCAGAGACCACAGAGACGAUUACAGCAGAGACAGAAGAAGUUGAGAGAAUCCCGGUGAAGGAUAUCCGAAGAAGGAGAAAAGUAACAGCAACCUCCACCAUGACUUGUCAAGAGUGCAGGCAGGUUUUUUACCGACCAAAGGAUUUCAUCAGGCACCGUUUUACUCACAAACAGAAGCAGCUACUGACCUGCGAGUGGUGUGGAGUCACCUUUCCUUUCCAGAGCCAGAUGGUGAACCAUGUUCGUAUUCACACAGGAGAGAGGCCUUUUGGCUGUAAUGUGUGCGACAAGUCAUUUAUUAGCAAAGCCCAGCUGAGAUCACACAUGUGGUACCACAAGUCAAAGGAAUCCUGCAGCCUGUGCGGCGCAGAUUCCUUACAAUCACUUGAGGGCUACACACAUAGAAGGCGUUCCACAAGACCGUGUACCAAGUGUGGCAAUACCAAAUCUGUGAUUUGAUAAAUAUUUGGUUGGUUAUCCGUACCUCCCAAGCAUCCCAUUAUCCACUGAAACAUGAAGUUGACAUGGAUAUGAAUGAAAAGCUUGAUGAAUAACUGACAAGUAUAAAUGAAUUGUGUGGAGUAUCUUUCUAUUUCUUAGUGAUUUCUUUGAGACAAUGGAGUGACUGCAAAAUGAGUUGAUUUGAUACUUUGUUCAUUCAUUUAUUUAUUCCUUUCAAUACAUUUCUUUCCGUCCUAUUUAUAGGUGUGUUAACAUUGGAUGUGAUCUUUGUUUUGAUCUAAAUUUGUAUUAAUCUAGAAUGAAAGUCUUGUUAAGUUUGUUUACUUUCUGCAAAGAUGUAUUGUCUAAUCAGCAUAUCAGCUGUCUGAGAGAUUUUAUUGAUCUCUUUUAUUUACUAUUAUGUACAGUGCAUAAUAAAUUAUCCACUUCCCUGA